AUUGCAUUGGCAGGCGACUCAAUCCACAGGUUAAUAAACUAGCAUGCUAGCUAGUCUCUUGUAAAAGUGAGGUGUUUUUCUAAGCUCCAUGGACACCUUGAAUAGUAGGAGUGAGCCCCGAUAUUCUGAUGGCGAUCACAACCACUGGCUGAUGGAGAGACCUGAAGACAUGGAUCACAGGAGCCGGGAGGCGUGGCGGCUGGUAGAUGUCCUGCUGUCCGGGGGUGCUCCAUGGGGAUUCACACUCAAAGGAGGCAGAGAGCACCGAGAACCACUGCUCAUCACAAAGGUGGAGGAGGGCAGCAAGGCAGCAGCGGUCAGCCUCCAGGUUGGAGACGAGAUGGUGAACAUCAACCAGGUCCCUCUGAGCGGUUACAGACAGGAGGCCAUCUGCCUGGUCAAGGGAUCAUACAAGACCCUCAAUCUGGUUGUCAAGAGGAGGAAUGAAGCCGUAAGCAGGCCUCACUCCUGGCACGCCACCAAGUUCAACGAGAGCCAAUCAGAGACUGCCAAAACUCAGUCCCCGCCCCUGCCAGUCUGGCAGACCAGAUAUGAUGCAAGCUCCUCCUCUACCAACCUCUCCUCGUCCGGCUGGGACCAGAACCAGACUAACCUACGGCGAGUGUCAGACCAGUUCAGCUCUCUGGGCAGCAUGGACAGUCUAGACGUCUCCUACCCCCCUGGACACCUGUCCCCAGGAUGCCUCUCCCCGGUCAAGUCCAACACCAGCACGGAGCUCCCGGGAGGGGGCAAGAGGGACUCGGCAUACAGCUCCUUUUCCACCAACUCUGGUACCCCAGACUACACCCUCUCCAAGACACCAGACUACACCCUCCCUAAGACACCAGACUACACCCUCCCUAAGACACCAGACUACACCCUCCCUAAGGCACCAGACUACACCCUCCCUAAGGCACCAGACUACACCCUCCCUAAGGCACCAGACUACACCCUCCCUAAGGCACCAGACUACACCCUCCCUAAGGCACCAGACUACACCCUCCCUAAGGCACCAGACUACACCCUCCCUAAGGCACCAGACUACACCCUCCCUAAGGCACCAGACUACACCCUCCCUAAGGCACCAGACUACACCCUCCCUAAGGCACCAGACUACACCCUCCCUAAGGCACCAGACUACACCCUCCCUAAGGCACCAGACUACACCCUCCCUAAGGCACCAGACUACACCCUCCCUAAGAGCAAUGCUGCCUCCAUAGAGAACAUGCUGUAUGAGGUGAGCCAGUGGGAAUCAGGGGGGCGUCCCAGUAACGGCAGACACAGCCUGAGUAGUGAGGGGGUCAGGCAGGAUGAGAGACCAGGGUACCUGCAGCUGGCUGUGGGACUUGGGGCCAGCAUGGACCGGGACAGCCCCAGGACAGAGGAGCAGUCAGGGCCAGGUUCUUCCCACUCCUCCAGCUCUGCUAGGCCUAGCUGCGGUCCCGUCUGGCACGUUCCUGACAAGAAGAAGACCUCCGAUCCCUCUCCUCCCCCACCGCCCGUACGCAGUGACAGUUUCGCUGCUACGAAGUCCCAUGAGAAGGUUCUGGUUAUAGCCUGUCCAGAGGGACCCGGUGCUCACACCCAGCCCAAUGCCCAUGGUAAAGGACUGGACAAAGGAAUGGACUCUGAUAACUCACAAUGUGCCAAUGACUCUCGGCGUAGCCAUCACAACCUACCCUCCAAGAACAACAUGGUCCCUCCUUACAUUUCACCAAAGAACUGUCAUCAGAACCAGGUGAACUGUAACGAGCUGUGCUCUCUAUCCAGUAGUGAUGUCAGGCUGGGCCAGCCCCACCCUACCUACCUGCCCUGCCACCAGAGACAGUACAGUAAUGAGAGCUCUCUCUACUCCCACCCCAGGACUUGGUCUGUCCCCAAACAGCAGAACGUCAGCGGCUGCUACAGCAGCAUGCAGGAGCUCCCCACCAACGAAAAUGCACAGAACACCCAGCUCUACAGCCAGACCCCAGACAGCACUGAAGACAGCCGGUACUACUGUGUGACGGCCAGACAGCCUGGUCAACCGGUCACCCAGGCCCUGCUGGUCAAGACUGACGAAAGGAGUGGUGGAGGGGGCAGAGAGGAGGGUGUGGAGGGUGGCGGUGAAAGGAGGAGUGCAGUGAGCAUCGUACAGGGUGGAGGAGAUAAGAAGUCACUCACUCCCCUGGGGUCAGGGGGUUCCAGUGGGGAGACUGUAGAUCUCUCCAGUAACCAGUGCACCAGGACCGACCGGUACGCCACCACCCUGAGGAAUGAGAUCCAGAUGAGACGAGCCCAGCUGCAGAAGAGUAAGAGCGCUGCCUCCCUGAGUGGACCCUGUGAGGCGGAGGAGGACCAUGAGGUGCCAGAGGUCUGGAGGCCCAAAGACACCACCUCUUCUUCAGAUGGCUCCUUCACCUCCACCUAUAAGGAUCAUCUGAAGGAGGCGCAGGCCCGUGUGCUGAAGGCCACCUCCUUUAGAAGGAGAGACCUGGAGCCUGUUCUUCUGGAGCACCCUGGGGCGGAGGCAGGGUCCCCGCCGGACUACUCCUCCUCUGGUCUGGGGAGGAGCGACAACUCUAACCCCCUGUCCAGCCUCUCUGAGGGCCUCCCAGCCAGGUCUGGCUCUGCCCAGAGUCAGGUGACCCGUAUCGGAAGCAGGAAGCGUUUCACCACGGAGAAGAAGGUCCGGUGUUUCUCUGAGCCAGACAAAAUCAAUGAGGUGGGGGUGGAGGAGGAGCUGACCCCCCCUGAGGCUGCAGGCGCCUUGCUGAACCGACGCUCCACCGCCAGACCUGCCUUCACCAGACCCCUCCCUAAAACUGCCCUGCCAGGCCCUGUAGAGGACUGGGGAGAGGGCAAAGAGAUAGCCAGGGGUGAUUGUGACAUGUCCAGCGGCAGGAAGGCACAGAGAGAGUGUCAGGGACAGGACCACAGACAGCAGAGACUGGAGCUACAGAGACUGGGGACCUUUGCUGAGUACGAGACCACCUGGAACACCCAGAGGAAAGCAGCUGAGACCAGAGGCUCAGGACGCUCCCACUCUGCUGAUAACAUCCUGGAUCCUGGAGGAGAUGGCAGGACCAAACCAGCCCCAGUCCACGAGAGGUCCUCACCCUCCGCUGACUUCUAUGACAAGAGCCACGUUCCAGGGAGGAAGUCAGCAGAAUAUUCCCAACUGGAGAGCCAACCUGCCCAACAGGACAACAACACCACUGCGAGGUUGUCUGACAGAUGUCGUGUUGGAGAAUUCAGAGGAAGAGUGAAGAGAGAGAAGGCUCUGGAACCUCUGGAGCUGAAAGACUUCCCAGAACCCCCUCCACCCGUGACCAACGAGGAGAGCCCUGACAUCAGAUCCACCGCUGCCCCCUACGACCCCCUCCCUGUAACUUCUGCCCCCUGCCCUGCCUACCACAGACCCACAUCCAUCUCUUACCAGCCCCUGGAAACUGACCUCCCUCCCCCAGAUGAGUCCUACACCGAGCCCCAGACCUCAAUGCCCCAGCUUUAUACCCAGCUCCAGUCUGGUACCAGGAGGAAGGGUCCGAUCCCCCCACCCAGACAAGACCAUUCAAGACAUUCACAGAACACCCACUCCCAGGAGUCUCUGUCUGGCUCUCAGGGCGGAGCUUCCGCCUCCCACGCCCCGGUCUCCUCCCACUCCCCAAGGGGGGAUUCUGAGCAGAGCAGAGGUUUGGUGGAGAGGGAGCAGGAGGCGGUACCCCAGGUAGUGCCAUCCAAUCCCGGUCCAGCCCUUCCUGCCCUGCCCAGUAUGGAGUGCCAUCGUUCUCCCUCUCCUCAGUUUGCUCCUCCUCAGCUGACAGACAAGCCUCCUGUCUCUCUCCAGCAGCACCAUGACAACCCUGUCUCUCUCUCUGUCUGUCUGCACUAUGACCAAAACGACAGGAUGGAGAAUGUGAUGGAGCCAACCAGUGUGAGGAAGGUUCCUAUAAAGAUUGUUCACUCAGAGAGCGAGAAGGAGAAGGAGAGUCGACAGUACCUGCUGCGUCACAGUCACUCCACAGUGGAAGAAGCCCAGGGGCCCGGUCUGGUCCCCCUCAGCAGCCUGGGGACCUCAGGGUCCCCGGAACAGUCCUACUCUCUGUUCUGUGCCUACAGCCGGCAGAGGGACCAGGGGCCAGAGAUAGAGAAGACACUGGCUCCACCCAGCUACCCAGCCCCAGAACUGCCUACAUCCCCACCCCUUUACCAAACUCCAACCCAUGAGAUGGACCUGGAGCAACACAGAGACACACACAUGGGUCCUCUCAGGGUCCACAACAGCCAAAUGGCAGUCCUGGCCACAUCCCCACCCAGCCGGCAGACCACCUCGGACCCAGACCCCCCCAGCGGUAACUGUGUGUUCCCUCCCGUCCCUCUCCCCCACUCUGAGGAGGAUGUGAAGAGAGAGCAGCUGGCCAGAGACAUCAUGAAUAAGGACCGGUCCCUAGCUGACAUCUUGGACAAGAGCUGGAGGAGGACCACCAUGGACGUGAUGGAGGGACUCUUUCCCCAGGGAGAAGUGCUGCUGGAGGGGAAGGAGAGGAGGAAUGUGUCCCCCAAACACUCCUCACCACGGUCUUCAGAGGACAGAGACAUCCUGGAUCGUCACACGUGA